AUGAUGGAGAACACUACGUGUGACAACGAAACAAUCUGCAAACACCAGGAACAUAUAAAUAUCGACAAGUUCUUAGAAUUUGAAAAUAUCAUUCAGUAUUUAAUACCAGUCAUUUUUGGAUUGAUAGCAGUUUUUGGAGUACUAGGAAACGCUUUUGUCGUAUCUGUGAUUAUGUCAAAAGAAAAACUGCAAAACACAACAAAUAUUCUAAUUGUUAAUCUUGCCAUUGCUGAUCUCUUUUUCAUAGUAUUCUGUGUUCCAUUUACGGCAGCAAGUUACUCAAUGGCAUACUGGCCUUUUGGAGACGUUUUAUGUAAACUUGUCAACUUCAUUUCAUAUGUAUGUGCGUAUGCCAGCAUUUGGACAAUGGUUCUUCUGUCUUUUGAUAGAAAUAUUGCUGUUGUUCAUCCAGUACUCUCUAAACAAAUAAGAAAUCGUCGAAACACUUUUCUCCUGUUGUUCUUUAUUUGGACUUUAAUCUUUGGUGGUAACAUUCCGGUUCUUUUACAGUAUAGCGUCGUAUACUACCAGUGGAUAGAGCACGAACGGUCAACUUGCAUGAACCUAGUUGGACUUAGAAAUAAGUAUGCGUUAAGGGUCUUUUACGGUUGCUUUUUUGUCUUUGGUUAUGCACUGCCUCUGACAUUGAUUUGUAUACUGUAUGGUUGUAUACUAAAAAGACUUCAAAACAGAUCCGUAGCGACUUGGCGCCAGAGAAGGAGAAGCUUUUACACACAAAGACGAGUGACCAGAAUCAUAAUAACUUUUGUCAUGGCAUUCGCUCUCUGCUGGCUACCGAUUCAAGUUAUAUUCCUUAUAGAAAGCUUCACUAACUAUGAGCAGACAAUAGAAUCAGCAGCUGGUCUGAUGACUGCUAACUGCCUGGCGUAUGUAAAUAGUUGUAUUAAUCCAAUUAUUUAUGCUUUUCUAUCAGUAAAUUUUCCAAAAAAAUUCCGGAUCAUCGCCUCCUGUCUACCUGCAUUUAGUCGGCGCAAAAAGAGAGUUAACCCAAGAAAACAGACGCAAGACGCCCUACGUCUUCGUUUAUAUACAAAAGAGAUCCAGGAUCUUCAGGAAGUUGCUAUGAACGAAGGAAAAAUGUCUUUAGGAAGUAACGCGUGCUCUGAACGAAAGAAUAAAAAGAAUUCUUCCGUAAUGUCCCAAAAGUGA